AUGCGCUUCGCGUCUUUACUCCCCAUCGUCUUUGCGAGCACAGCUCUCGCUUCGUAUCACCCAAAGCACCCAAAGCAUAAGGACCCGCACGCCGGUAACGAUGAAUACAUCAAGAAGCUCGACAAGGCCAACUCGGACGUGCUCUUGCACCAGACAACUGGUGUCGAGUCUGGUCUCGACCCUGGCGUUGUGAGUGCUGUGAUUCCGGACCCGAAGUUUCCGGAGUAUUCUCUCUACUGGCUUCGAGACGCUUGCCUCGUUUACGAUAUGUGGCUCAAUCGUCUCAUUGAGAAGAAAGACACCUCCCUCCGUCCACUCGCGGACGACAUAAUGCACGCGCUCAUCCGCACACAGCACGUCGUCAGCUUGAGCGGAGACAUGUUCACAGGUGGCCUCGAGGAGCCAGUCUUCUACUACAACAUUUCCAUGAUCCUGAACCUCAGCUACCGUCCGGGUUCGCCGGCGGCCGACGGCCCGCCCUUCCGCGGUGGCAUCAUGAUGAAGUACGCGCACUGGCUGCUCGAGCCUGAGGCGAAAAACAGCAGCGCUUGGGUCGCGCAGAACCUCUGGCCGGCUAUCAAUCUCGACUUGAAGUGGAUCUCGACGCACUGGAACUCUAGCUCGUACGACCUGUGGUGGCCUCCCAUCUGGGGCGGCUCGUACUGGACCGCCGCACUGCAAUACCGCACGCUCAGGGGUGGCGCCGCGCUUGGCCGUCGUUUGAACAUCCUGCAGGACGUCGUCGACUACGAGCAGAAGGCUAACCUCGUACUCGACUACAUGCAGACGUUCUGGAACCCCACAGAUGGUUUCAUGUCGGAGACGACCGACGUCGACCUCACACAAGGCCGUACUGGACCUGGCUCUGCCCCGCACACUGCCACGAUCUACAACUUCGACAUAACGCGCGGUUGCGACGACCUGACGCUCCAGCCAUGUUCGCCACGUUCUCUGUCGAACAUGCGCGUACUUGGUGACAGGUUCAAGAAAUACUGGCCCACUCUCUGCGAUAAGGUCCCGAAGAGCAAACCCUGCUACUACGGUUUCUUCACCGAGGACGAGUUCAUCGGCGGCCACCCGCAGUUCUUCGCUACCUACAACGUCGCCGAAGUCAUCUACGACGCCAUCCACACGUGGGAUGUCCUGGGUCACGUCGAAGUCACCGACGUCUCGCUCAAGUUUUGGGCUCCUCUCAUCCGCGACGUCAAGGUCGGAAAGCACAAGAAAGGUCACAAGGGGUACGAGACACUCAUCAAGGCAGCACGCUACUGGGCCGAGGACAUCAUGUCGCUUCUCGCGAGCAAGACGCCGAAGGACUACGUGCUUACUGAGGUCGUCAACAAGACGACCAAUGAGCCCGGGGGUCCGCGCGGUAUGAUCCGCAGCUUGACUGCUGCGUUGAGCGCGGCGGAUACGCGUGGCGGGAUGGUGCCGCGUCCGUGGGACGGGCGCAAGCCGAACACAAAGCCGCAUCAUGCGUCCGAGGGUGCCGAGUUCGCUCCGUGGGACGCUGGAGAGAAUUGGGUGAUCUUGAACAAACCCGGCUCCGACAGCUACGAAAGCGACGACAGCUACGAUAGCUACACGGACGAGAUGACUGGCUCGGCAUUCAGCGCGCAGGAGCAGGAGUACCUUGAAGCGCUGUACGCUGGUAAGGAGUGCGACAUGAAGCCGAAGGCGAACGAGCGUAUAGAGCUCAAGGUGGACCGCACUGGCUUUCGCACGUCGAUGCAAGGCCAUCGAUUCCAGCGGGUUGCUGAGGAGAUGGGGUGGAUGUAA